AAAAAAAACUCACAACGAGAUUUGAAUUUAACAUCUAGCAGACUGGCAGAGAUGAAAAUGAUGAUGAACACUGUUGGCCAAGUUAUAUCUGGCUUACAGUGUGAAGAUGAAAGUCGGCUGUUACUAAUUACUUGUGUUAAAGAGAUAUCUUUUCUAUGUAACAUUUUACUUAUUAUUUCAGAGUGGCUCAGAAAUUAUGCAGUAGUACAUCGAUGUAUUUUUUGCAAAUACUCUACAUUGUUGAAGGGUGAUUUAACCAGGCACGCCAGAAUACACACUGGUGAAAGACCCUACCAGUGUGACAUUUGUAAAAAACGUUUUAAUCAAAAGAGUCAUUUGAAUCGUCAUAUGAAUACUCAUUUUAAGAACAAUUCCCCAUGAUUUGUAAUCAUGAUUCUACUUAAUCAUGAUCGACUUUUGUGUGAAUAUAAUUUCUAAAAUACGUAUUUAUUUGUUGUUGUUUAUUUUUAAAGGAAAAUGGGCAUUUAUUUUUAUUUUUGACAAUAUCUUUAUUUCACUAUCUUGGAUUUUCUUUUAAUAAGUGUAUAGUAAUUAUUACAAGUAAAAUUUAUUGUUUUAUAAAUACUGGAAAACACACAUGACAGUUAGAUUCCAUAGAAUUCAAACUUAUAAGUGAAUGGAUCUGUUAUGAUUUUCUGAAAUAAGUUAAUUAUUUUCUCUAUUUACUGAAAAACUAUCGCUAUAAAUUUGUCAAGUCUUAUUUGGUUGCAAGAAGAACAGCUUAAUUUCAACUGUUGCUUUUUUUACUUUAAAUUAAUAGUUUUAAUAUUUUGUUGUCAUAAAAACAACUUAUAAGUUUUAGUUUAGUUAACUCAGAUUAUCAUUCGCUUUAAUUAGGCAUUAGAUCGAUAGCUUAUGGUUUUUAUACAUUGUAAGUGAACACUAAAAACAUUCAUAUAUUGCAACCAAAAAAAGCUUUUUUUCUUUGUUAGAUUUUUUGUGUUAAAAAUUCAAUAAAAUCCUUAUCAAAUUUCAUAAAUAUGCUCUUCUUGAUGAAUUCUGUAAUUUUCCAUCAUUUAGUUAUUGAUGUAUACUAAUGAAUCUUUAACUGUGAGUAAAGAAAAAUGAACAUAUCAAGAUUUGUGAAUUUUACAGAUGAAUGAUGAUGGAUAGUUUUUAAUAAAGUUGUUGAAUUUCU